AUGUCAUGCAUAUUAAUUUUUUAUGUCUUACAUCUUCUUUUUUUGUUCUUUCUUUCUUUCUUUCUUUCUUUCUUUCUUUCUUUCUUUCUACAUUUAAUUAUAUCUAAUUCUUUCACUGUGCCAUUCAACACGCUUUCUUUCUUUUUCUAUCUUUCUUUCUUUUAUUCUUUCUUUCUUUCUUUCUUUCUACAUUUAAUUAUAUCUGAUUCUUUCACUGUGCCAUUCAACACGCUUUCUUUCUUUCUUUCUUUUUUCUUUCUUUCUUUUUUCCUUUCUUUCUUUCUUUCUUUCUUUCUUUUGUCUUUAAUCUUUUUUCCGCCAUUUCUAUAUUCCCGUUUAUAUUUUCCGUUCUCCGUCGUAUCUUAUUUUGUUUCUUUGGUUUUUCCCUCCAUCAAUUUGUUUAUCAUUCCUUUUAUUCUUCCUUUUUCUAUUUUAAUUCCAUUCCUGAAUCUUUUCUCCCAAUAUUUCGCCAUUUGUUCUGUUCUAUUUAUCUUUGAUUUUGCGUAG